GUCCUGUACGGUAGUUGUAAUCUGACUGUUGAAGAUGCCUGAGCCAGCCAAGUCCGCUCCCGCGGCGAAGAAGGGCUCCAAGAAGGCCAUCACCAAGACCCAAAAGAAGGGUGACAAGAAGCGCAAGAAGAGCCGCAAGGAGAGCUACUCCAUCUACGUCUACAAGGUGCUCAAGCAGGUGCACCCGGACACGGGCAUCUCGUCCAAGGCCAUGAGCAUCAUGAAUUCCUUCGUCAAUGAUAUAUUCGAGCGCAUCGCGGCCGAGGCUUCCCGCCUGGCGCAUUACAACAAGCGCUCCACCAUCACCUCCCGGGAGAUCCAGACCGCCGUGAGACUCCUGCUGCCCGGAGAGCUGGCCAAGCACGCCGUCUCCGAGGGCACCAAGGCCGUCACCAAGUACACCAGCUCAAAGUGAGCUGGGCGCCCUUCUGCCUGGGACCGUUCGACAGAAACCC